GCUUCAGAUCCAAUCAAACUAGCUAGCUAGUAGUCCAUAUAUUCAUACAAGCGGCAGCAACCUAGCCACAGCCAGCAAGCAAGAGCUUCUGAAAGGAGAUAGAAGCUGAGGGAGAGAAAAAGAGAGGAGAAGAGCCAGCAGGCUUGCAAAAGUGAGAGAGUGAUAGGGUGAGAGUCAUCAUGCAGUUCGCCACAGGGGCGAUGAGCUCUCUCCUCCCCAAGCUGGGAGAGCUGCUCGUAGAGGAGUACAAGCUGAAGAAGAGUGUGAAGAAGGGGAUUGAAGAACUCAAGGCCGAGCUCGAGAGCAUGCAAGCAGCCCUCAUCAAGGUGUCCAGCGUGCCUCUAGAUCAACUCGACCCGCAGGUCAAGAUUUGGGCCAAUGAGGUCAGGGAGUUGUCCUACGCCAUCGAGGACAGCCUCGACUCAUUCGUGACCCGCGUCGAGGGUAAUGAGCCAACCAAGCCCAAAAUCAAGCACUUGCUCAAGAAGGCCCGCAAUGAGUUCAGCAAGUUCAAGGCACGCCAUGAAAUAGCCAAUGACAUCAAAGACAUUCAGAGCCAAGUUAGGAAGAUCAAGGAACGGCGCGACAGUUACAAGAUAGACGAUGUUGAUGCAAAUCCUGCAGCAACUACAGUUGACCCUCGUCUCCCAGCUCUAUACAAAAAGUUGUCUGACCUGGUGGGUAUUGAUAAGCCAAUUAAUGAGCUGAUAAAGAUCCUGUCCGAGGGGGUUCCCAUGCCUGAUAAAAAUCCCAAGAUAGUCUCUAUUGUUGGAUUUGGAGGAUUGGGCAAGACAACCCUUGCAAAAGCAUUGUAUGAUAAGCUUAGCACAAAAUAUGAAUGUCAAGCUUUUGUUCCAGUGGGUCAGAAUCCAAACACGAAGAAAGUUCUCAGGGACAUCCUGCUUGAACUUGACACUGAGCUAUCCAGAGCCACAGAAACAAUGGCUGAAUGGCAGUUGAUCAACCAGCUGAAAAAAGUCCUUGCAGGCAAGAGGUACUUUAUUGUUCUUGAUGACCUAUGGGGUAAACAAACAUGGGAAACGAUUAAGUAUGCUUUUGUGGAUAGUCAUCCAGAAAGUAGAUUAAUCAUAACUACCCGUAUUGUUGAUGUUGCCACAAAAGCUGGUGGUAUCUACCACAUGCAACCCCUUUCUGAUGAUUUCUCCAAAAGGUUAUUCUAUACAAGAACAUCUGGUAGUGAAGGGCCUGCUGAAGUGACUACCAAAAUUUUAAAGAAAUGUGGUGGUGUGCCGUUAGCUAUCACUACAAUAGCUAGCUUGCUUGUUGGCAAACACAGUGAGGACUGGUCUAAGGUAUAUGAGGCCAUUGGUUUUGGGAAUGAAGAGAAUGACGAUGUUCAUAACACAAGACAGAUAUUAUCAUUUAGCUAUUAUGAUCUAUCUCCCAAUCUUAAGACAUGUUUAUUGUAUCUUAGUGUGUUUCCUGAAGAUUAUUUAAUUGAUAAAAUAUCACUGAUAUGGAGGUGGGUUGCCGAGGGAUUUAUACCAUAUAGAGAAGGGAUGGAGUCAUUUCAACUUGGAGAGAUCUAUUUCAACAUGCUUGUAAACAAGAGCAUGAUACGGUGGAUAGAUCCUGCAUAUAGUGAUGACCGAGGUGGUUGUCGUGUCCAUGACAUGGUGCUCGAUCUCAUCCGCACCAUAUCAAAUGAGGUAAACUUUGUCACAGUACAUGAUAUGGAGCAUCAUGGCACAUGUCCGGGAGGAAAGUCAACCAACAAGGUUCGCAGAUUAGCAGUUCAUGGAAGUGGGGAACACAACUCUGGCAUUGCAAUGGAGCAUGUAAGGUCAUAUAAUGUUGUAGACUGCCGUGCCAAUGGUAUGCCCCUGCUUUUGAGCUUUAAAGUACUGCGUGUGCUAAUUAUUGAGGACUGUGUUGUUUCGGAAGGUAGUAGUCUUGAGCAUCUUGGUAAGUUGGUGCAGCUGAGGUACCUGGGGCUAGUGAAGACAGCGGUCAAGAUCCCUGAAGGAAUAGGACAUGAUCUGAAGUUUCUUGAGAUAUUGGAUGUAAGGGGAGGUAUGAUAAGUGAGCUGCCGCCAUCUGUUGGUGAGCUAAUGAAUUUGAGGUGCUUGUGGGCUGAUAAAGGUACAGUGAUGAAGGGCGAGAUAGGGAAACUGACAUGCCUUGAAGAACUGGAGCUAUAUUCAGUGGAGAAGUGCCCAAACUUCUUCACGAAGGUGGGUAAGCUGACAAAGUUAAGGGUGCUCAAGAUCUUUUUCAGUGAAAUAGAGGAGUCUGCAUGCAAUGCUCUGGUGGAAUCUCUGUGCAUCCUGCACAAGAUCCAUAGUCUGACUGUCUUUUGUGAUGUUGAGUAUUCGGUUGUCCUCAAUCAGAGCUUGGAAGACCUGACACCCUGUACAAAGCUGUACGAGUUAGGUCUGCUUGGCAUAGUUAUACCGAGGGUGCCAUCAUGGAUCAAUCAGUUAAGUGUUCCACUCCUUUCUCUUCUAUAUCUGCAUGUGGAUGCGGUAGAAGUUCAGGAUGUUCAAACCAUCGGCAGGUUGCCGUCGCUCCUCGUCCUUCUUCUCUGGAGUAAGGAUGAAAAGAACAUAUCAUAUACUUUUGGCGGCAACGAGUUUCACAAGCUGAGAUUCUUGUGGACAAAGAAGAUUGAGAUUGCUGUUGGAGAAGGAGCAUUGCCGAUGCUUGAAGUGCUGGAAUACAGUGCAAGCGCUGAAAGAAAGGACGCUGCCAGCUUGGUGCCGUGGAGGAGAAAUAGCUGCCCUUUGCUGGAGGACGUCAGGUGUUACCUUGACUGCACUAACAGCAGCUACAGGGAAGUAAAGGAAGCGAAGCAAGCGCUGAGGCAGGCUUCCGGCACCCGUCCCAAUGCUGUGUAUCUCGACCUCGACAUAGUAAAAGAGAACUGGGACAAGAAGGCUGGUAAACUCAUUGAUAAUCUCGAGUGGACCCUAGGUGGUACACAAGGAUUCGAAGGGUAUCGAAGACGCGAAGGAUAGCGAAGAUUUGGAAGAUACCAAAGGAUUAGUUUUUCUUUUUUUCGAUGGUAAUAAAUUCUAAGUUAAAAAAUUGUUAAUACUCCAAUAUUCCUCAAGUUUUCAAGCUCGUUUGUUGAGACAGAGUAUAAUAUACACUACUCUGGUACAGAAGGAGUACUACAUAUGAAAUUUUGUGUUUGCAACUAAGAAUGUUUCUCUUUCUAAAACUAAUGUACUGUAAAACUACAAUAAUUUAGCCUGUGGGUACAAAAUACUGUGGUUUUGACAUAACAAAGUAUUUUGGAGUAUUGAGAAUACCGUGGACCUUUUUAGCAAGUUUUUUAUGCUCCUACAUAUUUUGAAGUAGUUUUCAAAUGUGCGCAUUGCUAUCUAGUUUCAGACGUGCCGUAUUGCUAGGUAGCCAGAUGUUGCAAACUGAUGAACAGCCAUGCGCAGAACAAUGGCAUGCACAAGCUAGACCGGUGAAAUACUCUGGUUACUGCAGUAGUUGCGUGUGAAGAAGUAAAAAAACUGCAGGUACUGAAUUUAGAAGUCACGCUUCUCUGUGUACUGAUACCCUGCUCUUUCUACUAGUACAUACACUUCUUUUGUAAUUUGUCUGAAGCAUGCAUUCCUGUCCAGAACCCAAAUGCCAGCUUUGCCUUCUGCAUGCAUUCAACGACACCUGACCUAACUACACUCUACAUCCUUAGCUUUCAUUUGUCUGACCACUAUCUUGACAUCAGAAACAAACCAAGCUUACAUUUUUCAGAGUGUCUUUGUUAUUUUACAGAGUGGCUUCUGCAAAUGCCAUAAGAAGCAUCUAUCUGCAGAACAAGUGGAACCACAAUCCUGCAGCAGAAGCAGAUUACUCACAAUAUACAGUUCUUCUUCCCAGCAUAUACAGGUCGCAAACAGUAAUGGCUCAUUGAUGUACAGAGAGUUUUUUUUCAAAAAGGGGAAUGACCCCGGCCUCUGCAUCAUCAUGACGCGCACAACCAUUGAUGUACAGAUAGUAUAACUAGCUUCUUCUUUUUUUCUGCGAGGUGUCUAACUAGCUUCUGAUCAGCUCAAAACAGGCUUGUCUUGCCUCCUCAUCGAUUUCUGAGCAUUUUCGCCUGGUUAGCCAUUGUGGUGCAUGCUUGUACUUAAUUUACAUUGUCGGUCCAUGUGAAUUGUACAGCUCUAGCUGGCCACAAGUAUUUAUCCAUAUAUGGAUGUUUUGUUUGCUAAAAGAGACUUCUGAUCUGUUGAUUUCUGCAGGCGGCGGUGAUGAGACUAUUUGCAGCAGGUAGCAAUGGAAAUAAUAGAAGUCCAUCUUGCUGGGCAUUUCCGUGUGCAGGUCCUUUCUGUUACUCCCUUAGUGCAUUCCUUAUCUGAAGCUUCCAUUCAUCUUUGAUACUUACUUCGCAGUAAACGACAGCGCCCGGGAGUCUGAACCCCUCGUUUUCAUUCAGCCUCAGCACCAACACCUACAGGCAGGCUGGUGCCGGCGCAGAAUAGGCAGCACGACGAAGGUACUUGUUCGCACAAGCCUUGAGAUGACAAUGAGCAAAACAAAGUCUGGGCUGUAGCAUACUCUGUUUUGUGCUUGUUAUCGUAAAUCUACAAGCAUGUCCGUCUGAUUUGAGUGUGCAUGAGUAUCAAAUGGACAAACAAGGCAAGUAACUGGUGCAAAAAUGCUGAAUUUGGUCAGGCAAAAUGUUUUCUUUUUGUCCAAAUAGCUAGAACUUGACGGGAAAUUAAGCUACAGCACUACAGGUUGGAAAAUGUGUUGAUAUUCAUAUUCUAUACAUCCAUUAUUGUUGAAAUCGCCCAAGGAAUGAAUCCACAGCUUUACCAAACCAGGCAACUGACAGAGGGUUCAGAACAUCAGUAGUUGAGUACAUCGCAUUGCCCUGUAGCUGCUGCAGCAGGACGAGAUGGAACGGAAUGGUGGGAAAUGGAAAGGGAUGGUCUUACCCGGUGGGGGAUCUCCUCGGCUGUCUAUCGGAGUCCACUCAUCUGAGCUCCUGCUGCCGCCAUAGGUGAAGGUUAGGUAGAGCUGAGUGAGAGGAAACAAAUCAAUCAUUCCAGCUAGCCAGGGGUUUGUCGCGAGAGAAGAGAAGAAAUAGGGGAAGGAGAAAGGCUGAACUUGGGACGGUUCCAGAAGUCUACGACCACUGCGAGACGCUCAGGCCCAGGUGGACAAGUACCCGGGUGCUAGCCACAGAGGGUUCGACAGCAGAGCCGAAGCAGACAGUAGUUACUUGAGGUGAACGCUCCGGCAAGAGCGGGGGCGGGACCGCCGGUGCCAAAAGUACUACAUAGUCGCGCUCUUGCUCAUGUUGAUCGCUAUUCUCUUCUACAUCAUGGUUUAGAUAGAGAUGAUGAAACUUGUGUGUGUGUGCCAUGAC